AUAUUAUUGAAAUAGGCUUCAAGGUCGUCGUAUUAAUCUGCGGUUUUUCAUGAAUAUUGUUUUUGAAAAAUAUUGUCAACAUGUCUAAAAGUUUCUCAGGAUGUAAUAUUGAAGAUUUUUUUAAGGGACAAGAUCAAUGGAGUUUUUAUAUACCACCUAUAACUCCUUCCAAACAUCACAGCGUUCUAUAUGAGUUUCCCAUACCUGAAAAUUCUAAACCACAACCUCAUAAACAGGUAAAUCCAAAACAUUGGGAUGAAGAUCAUGUUAGAAUGCCUUAUUCACCCGAAAAUUUAUAUCCUGUGGAAGAAAUUGGAACAAAAGGAAUUCUUGUAUCAAGGUGGGAACUGAUAUGUGAAGCAUUAGGAAAACCUUUAAAAUCAUUUUCAGACCUUGAAAAGGCAAUAAGUAGUUAUAAUCGAUCCAUUCCAAAACUGACAGCAUUAGAAAAUUUCUUUGAACAUGUGCUUUCAGAAGAAGAAUCAGAAGAAUUUUUCGAAAAUAUCCUGCCCAAAAUCAUAAAAUUAGCAUUGAGUUUACCAGAAAUUCUCCCAGCAGGUAUACCAUUACUCAAAAAACAUCACAAUAGAUCUAUCAGUAUAAGCCAACUUCAAGUAUCUUCACUUCUGGCCAACGCUUUUCUCUGUACCUUUCCUUGGAAGAAAGAAGUUUCACACACAUAUCCUGGUGUGAAUUUUAUCAGAUUGUACACUUCAAACCAAACAUAUAGAUCUAUUGAUUCCAUUUUUGAAAAGAUUAAAUGUAUCUUACAUUAUUUCCAAAGAGUUACAAAAACAGAACCGAAAGGUGUUAUAACAAUUGAGAGGAAAUUUUCCCAUAGAUCUGAAGUACCUAGGUGGGACAAUUUGCAAAAUAACCUGGGAAAUACAAAGGUUCAUAUCACCAAUAAGGGUACCAUUGAAGAUGAUGGUCUUGGAUUUUUGCAGGUCGACUUCGCAAACAAGAAUGUUGGAGGUGGCGUGCUGGGCCACGGCUGUGUUCAAGAAGAAAUAAGGUUUGUCAUUUGUCCAGAAUUGUUGGUUAGUCGGUUAUUUGUUGAACAGUUGGAUGACACAGAAGCUGUUGUCGUUAGAGGUGUGGAAAGAUUCAGCAAAUAUACAGGCUAUAGUGACACUUUUAAAUGGGACGGAAACUAUGUAGAUGUUACCCCUUUCGAUAAAUAUGGCAGAAGACAAACUUCGAUCUCCAUUAUCGAUGCCACUCCAUUUUUUAGAGCAGAACGACAAUAUCAGUCAAGUGCUAUAUUGAGGGAAUUAAAUAAGGCAUAUGUCGGAUUCUCUUGUCAUCACAAAGAAAAUUUAGCGCCUGUUGCAACUGGUAACUGGGGUUGUGGUGCGUUCAACGGAGAUGUGAAACUGAAGACAUUGAUUCAGUUGAUGGCUUGUAAUGCUGCACAUCGUGAUCUCGUUUAUUAUACUUUUGGGGAUAGAGAUUUGCAAGAAAAUCUUUACAGCAUGUACCUUUUCAUUGCCAGUAACAGAAUCAAAACAUGUGAAUUGUGGAGAAUACUAUGCCGAUUUGCUGUGGCAGAACUACCCGAGAAUCAGUUAUACUCUUUUAUUCAGCAGUGUUGGUUCGAUAUAAGAGAUAAACCAGAAAUUAUUUUUCCCAACAGGUCUAAAAGAGAUGUUCAGAAUUGUGGACAAAACGGAACGUCUCCUUUCAACAGUCCCAUGCAAAAACCAAAACAGGACAAUCAAAAUACACCAACAACCUCCAGAACCCCAAAUAACAUAGAAUCGAUUUCUGAACAAAAAAAAGAAUAUCAACCGUCGUUAGGAGACAAAGAGAAAACUCCUCUGAAAAAUUAUUCACCUCUCCCAAUCACUGUGAAAUCGAGCCCAAGUGUUGAUGCCUCAGCUUCUCCACAACUUACUUUCUCUAGGAUUCCAACAAACAAAUAUAAAGAAAAAACUAAGCUUACCAAAGAAUAUUUCGAAAAAGAUCAGAAUGACCUAUUGAAGAUUUUUAGUACCAUUAAUGGACCACCUAUAGGCGCUAAACCCAAUGAAGAGUGUGAUACUCUUCUAACAGCAUCAGAUAAAUGGAUAAAGAGUGAUAAAACAGUAAAAGAAGAUAGUGUUGUGAUAGAUAUCGAAGAAAAUCAAAUGGAAGUUGAUGUACAACCAGAAGAAACCAAAGAGGUGGUGGUGAAACCGAAAAGUAAAAUCACUGAUUUUUUCCCAAAAAUAAGCAAAAGCUAGCUUUAAAUGCGAUCAAAGGAAAUAUGUGAUUGUAAAGUUAUUUAUUUUUUAUAGAGGCACUUUAAUUGUUGAAAAGUGUAUGAUAUUGUACGUAUUUUUGUCCAAGAGACGAAAGCUGUGAGAAGAGGUUUUAAAUAAAGUGUUUUCUGAA